AGCAACAGGUAGGUGCCCCUUGCCCUGUGCCCCCCUCACACCCUCCCCUGUCCCCCCAGAGAAGUCCAACCUGCUGAUCGUGCGGAGCGGCGUCCCACGCCCCCCUGGCUCGCCCCUCGCCCCUUGCCGCAGCCUCGACCAGAUGAUGUUCCACAAAAUCAACCCCCAGAGCCUGACACGGGGGGAAAGCCUGGGCCAAGGCUCCUUCACCCAGAUCUACAAGGGCAUCAAGCGUGACCAGGACGAGGAGGAGGAGGAGGAAGGAACCCACCAGACCACAGUGGUGCUCAAGGUCAUGGACAGCAGCCACCGCAACUGCUCCGAGUCUUUCCUGGAGGCAGCCAGCACCAUGAGCCAGCUCUCCCACAAGCACCUGGUCCUGCUGCACGGCGUCAGCCUGGGGAAGGACAGUAUCAUGGUGCAGGAGUACAUCAAGCAUGGGCCCCUGGACCUCUACCUGAGGAAGAACCAUGCCAAGGGCACAGUGACCACCAGCUGGAAGUUGACAGUGGCCAAGCAGUUGGCAUAUGCCCUCAAUUACCUGGAGGACAAGAAGAUCACCCACGGGAAUGUCUCUGCCAAGAAGGUGCUGCUGGCACGGGAAGGGGAUGCAGCCAGUGGGACUCCUCCCUUCAUCAAGCUCAACGACCCUGGGGUCAGCGUCACCGUCCUGGCCAAGGAGAUGCUGGUGGAGAGAAUCCCCUGGGUGGCCCCGGAGUGUGUCAGUGAUCCCAAGAGCCUGGCACUGCCCGCGGACAAGUGGAGCUUUGGAGCAACCCUCUGGGAGAUCUUCAGUGGAGGGAACAUGCCCCUGAGCCUGCUGGAGCCCCAGAAGAAGCUGGAAUUCUACCAGAGCAGGCUGCAGCUCCCAGCUCCACAGUGGCCAGAGCUGGCCACGCUCAUGGCCCAGUGCAUGGACUACGAGCCCCAGCGCCGUCCCUGCUUCCGUGCCCUGAUCCGAGACCUCAACAGCCUCAUCACCUCUGACUAUGAGCUGCUCUCGGAUCUGUCACCUACGGAUGUGACACUCCGGAACAACUUCUGGGGAAAUGAGCUCCUGGCUGGGAGUCAGGACCCUGCAUAUUUCCAGGAGAGGCAUCUCAAGUACAUCUCACUGCUGGGAAAGGGUAAUUUUGGGAGUGUGGAGCUGUGUCGCUAUGACCCCGUGGGUGACAGCACAGGUGAACUGGUGGCAGUGAAGAAGCUGCAGCAGAAUUCAGCCAAGGAGCUGAGGGAUUUUGAGAGGGAGAUCCAGAUCCUGCACUCGCUGCAGCACGACUUCAUCGUCCAGUACCGGGGGGUGUGCUACAGCAGGGGGUGGCGUGGGCUGCGGCUGGUGAUGGAAUUCCUGCCCAACGGCUGCCUGAGGGAUUACCUGCAGAAGAACCAGCCCCGCCUGGACCACAGGACACUGCUUCUCUAUGCCUGGCAGAUCUGCAAGGGCAUGGAAUACCUGGGAGCACAGCGCUGCGUUCACCGGGACUUGGCCAGCAGGAACAUCCUGGUGGAGAGUGAGACCCACGUGAAGAUUGGGGAUUUUGGGCUGGCCAAGCUGCUUCCACAGGACAAGGACUACUAUGUUGUGCGGGAGCCUGGCCAGAGUCCUGUCUUCUGGUAUGCACCUGAAUCCCUGGCAGACAACGUCUUCUCCUGUGCAUCUGAUGUCUGGAGCUUUGGGGUCCUCCUCUAUGAGCUCUUCACCUACAGCAACAAGAGCAAGAGCCCCUCAGAGGAGUUCCUGCGGAUGAUGGGCACUGGGAAGCCAGCACAGAUCAUCUGCCUCUUGCUGGAGCUCCUCAAGGACAACCGACGUCUCCCAGCACCCUCCGGCUGUCCCGCAGAGGUCUACACGCUGAUGAUGAGCUGCUGGGCCUUUGCCCCCAGUGCCAGACCCACUUUUGGGGAGCUGUCCCCCAGGAUCGAGGCGCUGCGGGAUGGACGGAGCAAAGCCCGUGGGUAG